AUGUUGAGGAAAUUUCUUCCGGUUGAAAACUACCUGAAAGUUACGUUUAUUGUAACACGGCCUAUGUCGAAAGCCUCGCUAUUGACAACAGUCAAGGAGAUCUCGGAAACCCCUUUGUCGCUGUUUCACAAAUUAGCUCGUAGGCACCACGUCCGAAUAAGUUGGAAUCUGGUUGAUGAAUAUGGUGCUCCUCACAGUCGGAUGUUUCUCGUCAAGUUGACCAUUUUCACUGAGGACUCUCUACAACCGGAAGUGUUUGAAGCCGUGGGCAGGAAUAUCCAGGCUGCGAAGCAGUCCGUGGCCACUACGGUGCUAGAAAACUCUCCCUUUUUUAAAUCCCUUCUUGCUAAUAAUGGGCGCCGCCAACGACCCCGCGCGUUGGAUGAAAAGUGCCAAUGUUUCCGGAAUCUCAUAGAUGAUGUACCCAGUGCACGUGGUCCUCGCAACGAUAUUCUGGAAUUAGCAAGGGUGAUCAAUGUUCCUGUCAGGUUCCUUAAGCUUCACGGAUCCCCAACUUCAACAGCUACGUGUGACCAGAAGGCUUCUGUUGCCAUGUACCGCGUGGCCCUGGAAAUGGUGGGAAGGCAAUAUGUGGGUGAGAGCACCUCUGUCACAGGAGCCGAACAGGAGGCGUCUGUGGCCGCUUUGAAGGCCAUACGUCGUAUCUUGACUUCAUCUGCGACGUUUGUGAACUCUGAACACCAUCGUCCUUCUCAACUUGGUCAGCGAUUGCAUAUACGUCCCACCGAUCCUAUCUGGAAAUUACAACUGUUGGUCGGUCUUCAUCACGAACGACCCCUAUUUAGAACAUUCUGGACUCCCAUGGACGAUACAUUGGAUGAGACUUGUACAGCAAAGGCAUUUUAUCAGUGUAUCUGUUCAGUACCGUCCCUCGGGACGGUUGAGUGCAUUGGAAAGUCGAAGGUCAUGGCCCGAACUAGUGCAGCCAAACUGAUGAUUGACCGCCUGAUUCAGCAAACAGUGCAUGAUAAACCGGAAUACCAAAGCUACCCAAGCCCGUUCCCUAGCAGACAUCCGUUUAUGAAGCCCAGGUCGAAGAAUCCACCGACCAAGUUCAAGGUGGACCGCACCAAUCCAGCCUAUGGUCAAGAUGUGAAUCCGGUUCAGCGGCUGGACUACUUCUGCUUAGCGCAGGCACUUGGUCGACCGGUGUAUGUGUUGGUCCACGACGGUACAUCUCUCUCGACAUCUCCCGGCGGACGCAUGACUUCACACCAUGUACCACCUGAAUUCGCUUAUGAGGUCCGGGUUGGUACUCGUCAGACUGUCGGACCACGUGGGAGGAAUAAGCGUCUAGCGAGGAGAAUGGCUGCCGAAGUUAUGCUGGAAGCCUUGGGUUUCCAACGUCCGAAUUCUCCACAAGUUCAAAGCGCGUUACGUUCUACUUACUGCAGCUCGGUACAACACACUCCGGAAGAUGUUUAUACAGAGGGAGGCGCUUCAAACUCUUCUCCAAUUUCUUCCCUCCCCUCUUGUCACGAUCCAUCUUCCCAGGACGUCGCUGACGGCGUUCCAUCCGUUAAAAGCUAUUCUCAGGAUGUUACAUCUGAUUUCUUCAGCAAUACGCCAAUCGGACAUUGGUCAGAAUCCAAGGAAGCCCAAACUAUUGGUCGAUGUUGGUCUCUACGACGAACACGAAGUUGCUCAGAUCUGGCCAACCGCGACACCUGCGCUGUGGUGAUUUCCAACUCCUCAUCCGACCCCAUGUGUAUCACCGAAUUAACCUCAAUGCAGUCGGCAGACACAGCAGCUCCAAUUCCUUCGCGCUCCAAUCUUCGUCUACUAGCCCAACUGGCUGUGUUCUACUUGGAAGAAGUGUUUUUGACCACAAAGUCAAUCAGUGCUAGUUCACUGAAAUCUUCCAGUUCGCCCACAGCCGCGCGUCUGCUUAUAUCACUUUGUCAACGUUUACGAGUUCCUUGUCAGUUUGUGGAUCAAGCACCACCAUCCAGUUUGAACGGCUCGGAACGGUCACCGGAGGCUUAUCAGUACAACACAGUUUUAUCGAUUGGCGGCAGUUUGUCACCGGCCACAGUUGAUCCCCACGGUGCCACCGCCGACCCUAUUCACGGGAUUGUCGUUCGAGCUUCAGGCCGUACCCUGGAGGACGCUCGUCAUGAAGCUGCAUUGUCUGCCUUUCGUCAACUGGCUCAAGAGGCUCAACAAUAGAUCUCAGUAGUUUUGAUUGAAUUGCUAGGAACACAAACGUCAUAUGCAUUUGUUAACUUCUUUCCAGACUAUAAAGUGUUUUUCUG